AUGGACCACAGACACUGGAGAAAUACUGAUGAGUCACCAGGACAGCAAACCAGUGGCUGCUCACUCCGGACAGCGCGGACUGUCGGCUUCCGCAUCUCCGUCAUGGCAUCCUCCGCCGACGAGCAGCUCCCGGCGCUCCUCCUAUUCCGCGUAAGGGAAAUCGACUUCCACGCCGCGCUGCGGGAGCGGUACCGCGUCCUGGACUUCUUCACGUCGGGCGAGACCCUCCCGGCGUUCCUGGCCGCCGCGGCCGCGGACGCCGACCCGCCCCGCGCGGCGCUCAUUGUCGGAGGCGGCAACCCCGCCCGCGUGGACGCCGCGUUCCUCGACGCCGUCCCGUCGCUCCGCUUCGUCUUCAACACGGGCGCCGGGAUGGACCACAUCGACCUCGCCGAGUGCGCGCGCCGCGGCGUCGCCGUCGCCAACUCCGGCACCGUCUACUCCACCGACGUCGCCGACCACGCCGUCGGCAUGCUCCUCGACGUGCUGCGCCGCGUCUCCGCCGCCCAGCGGUUCCUCCGCCGCGGGCUCUGGCCGCUCCAGGGGGACUAUCAUCCCCUCGGCACCAAGGUGGGCGGCAAGCGUGUCGGCAUCAUCGGCCUCGGCAACAUCGGCAUGCUGAUCGCGAAGAGGCUCGAAGCCUUCGGCUGUGCCAUCUCCUACAACUCCAGAAAACCCAAGGAAUCCGUCUCGUACAAGUACUUCGCUACCGUCCACGACCUCGCGUCCGAAUCGGACGUGCUCGUCGUGGCGUGCAAGCUGAGCAAGGAGACGCGCCACGUCGUGAACAGGGACGUCCUCGACGCGCUCGGGAAAGACGGGGUCGUCAUAAACAUCGGCCGAGGAUGUAACUGUAAUUCCCAGAGGAUGUAA